AUGGCUUUCCAGCCAACUCCACAAGAUGUCUCCGUCAUCAUCACCUCGACCGCCGCGGCGCGCUCCGCAGACUCAGAGCCUAGAUUCUUGACCGAGCGCCGUAUCACGCCUACCUGGACGAUCGAGCAGGUCAAGAGUAAACUCGAGACUAUGACCGGUGUUCCGCCGGGUAGUCAGCGUCUGCGUGUUAAGGUUCCUGGUCGACCGGAUCAGUGGGCUGAUAAUGAUGCCCAGCUUAUUGGGGAUUAUGGGAUUGUUAAGGGGUCUGAGAUUGAGGUCCACGACUCCCGCCCACCAGCCAUGCGUCCAAACUUCACCGACCUCUCCUCAGUCGACAAGUACGAAAUGAACCCAGAAACCUACGAAACCCUCUCCGACUCCGUCCUAGCCUGGAAAAGAAACCAGAAACUAGGCCGUUUCGAUCCUAACGCGCUCUCCCCCGAGGAAUCACUGCGUAAGCAGGUCGAGAAGGAUCAGGCUGAGCUUGCUAGUCGAGGUAUCGCCAUCAACAAAAGAGCCAUCAUCCUCCCAUCAACCCCACCACAUAUCCGCCGCGGAACAAUCCGCUUCGUUGGCCCCGUGCCAACAAUCCCGACUACCGGUCCUGGCCGCGAACUUGAGGCGAAUGGUCCGCUUCCCGUAGAACUCCAGCCUAUUUGGGUUGGUAUUGAGUUGGAUGAGCCCACUGGGAAGAACGAUGGUAGUGUUGGUGGUCGUCGUUACUUUGAGUGUCUGGAGAAGUGUGGUGCUUUUGUGAAACCUGAGAAGGUUGAGGUGGGCGAUUUUCCUCCUUUGAGUUUGGAUGAUGAGUUGGAUGAGUUGAUGGAGGAGAUCUGA